UGUUUGAUUAAAGUGUAGCGCAUCUACUUUGUUUUUACAUUUUAACAUUUGAUAUCUUAUUUCUUCAAAAUAUGCAUGUAUUGUAACCCAUGUCAAGAUAUCGGCGAAGAGAAGCAGAUGCCUGCUCACACUGAGAGGGACAUGUGGCAAUGAUUAGCUGGUUGAUCAGUCUGACAGUUGUUAACAGUUGAGUCACGUAUGUCUUCUACAAAUUCUUUUUGGAUGAAAGUCUGAUGCUGUGUGAAAAAUGGAAGCAAAGAAAGUAAGGUGGACAGCCAUUGUGAUAACAAGCCCUGACAAAGAGUGGUCACACACUUUACAAAGGGAGUUAGAGUUACGCCAGUCUAAAGGUUACAUAGAGAAAGAUACAUUUCUGUUAGCUGUUGAAGAUCCUAAAGCUUAUGUUGGCAGUGGUGGCGCUACCAUCAAUGCUCUCCUUACCGUCACUGAGUAUAUAAGUGCUCAGAGAGGAUACUCUGUGUUGACAACAGAGGUUUUACAGGAUUCCUACAUUCUUAUUUUACACAAUGGACGGACGUAUCCUUACGAUCCUUGUGGUCGACCUUUUACAACAUUACCAGUAAAGCUAAGUGGUCAGGACCCUGAUGGACUAACUUGUAUGAUUGAUAUGUUAAUAAAACUCAUCACAGAAAAGAUAGCAGUGCGAUCUUCACCAGGUGUAUGGGUCAGCAGUACAGACAUGAUACUCACUGUGCCUUAUGACGCAGAAAUACCAUGGGAAGAGUGUAAUGUAUGUGCUAUAACUGUACCAUCUACACCGGGAUAUUGUCGUCAUCAUGGAGUGUACAAGCUCAGUGAUCAGGGCUUUGUUGAAGAUAUAUUGUACAAAGAAACUAUCAAGAAUCUUGAAAUAUGUGAGAGGAAAGAUGGAACUGUACCUAUGGUAUGUGCCAUGGUGUAUUUUUCUGCUGAAGUGUCAGAAACAUUGCUUUCCUUCUGCACGAAACCACCUCUAGAUGCUUGUACUUACAUAGGAGCUGAUAGUGGUGUAUCACCUAUCAAGCUGUCCUUAUUCUUUGAUGUCAUGUUGCCAAUGUGUUCAGGAGUGAAUGCACGAGAUUUUCGGUCAGGUGCACGUAGUGGUAGUUACGGUAAAGAUGUUGCUGUGGGUGAUAUAAAAACAAUGAGACAAGCAAGGACAAUACUGUGGGAUGAUCUACACAAAUACAAGAUAAAAGCUUGCAUGAUAGAAGAUGGUAGUUGUAUUUUCCCACACACAAUACAAGAACACAAGAGAAAUAUUCAGGACAGAUUGUUGCAGCAGUGUUUUCCAGAGGGAAUGUUUCAGUGGCAAAACUGGACUCAUUCUCAUGUAAAGAAUCCUGAUCAAGUAGAUGUGUCAUCAAUAUUGAUUAACAGUGUUCUUGGUGAGAAUGUUACAGUAGGGCCAAAAUGUGUCCUCACACAUUGUAAUUUACAAGGUCAUGUGACUGUUGGUAAAGAUUCAUUUAUAUCCGGACUUGUCACAGACCCUCAGUCUACAGAUAGUGUAACAUUUGCAGACUCUAUUAUUGUACAGUGUAACAGUAUUUUUGUUCCUAUGCUGGGGAAAUCCAUUCAUGUAACAACAACACAUGGUCGCUUUGACAACAUUGAUGAUCCGAUGUGGAAAAGUGUGAGCAGUUUCUGUAAUGAUCCCUGGGUGUAUAUGAUGAAUAGGACUGGUAUUAUAAAGGAAGACCUCUGGGGACAGGAAGUGGAAACGGAUGAUCAAACGAUCUUUACAGCUCAGUUAUUCCCAGUGUUCCAUGCAAGUGAAAUAGUAGGUCUACAGGAGAUUCUCUGGUUACAGGGAGUUAUCACAGAUAAUGAUAAUAAAGAUAUUUUGAGGAGAUGGAGAAGUUCAUGGAGAUUGAGUAUGAAGGACAUUCAUUCAUUGACAGAUCUUAAAGAACAACUGGAAUUUAGAAGGAAGUUGUUUUAUACAGUGGGCCAGCAUGAUAUUACAAAGGCUUUGUUACAGCAAGAGAAUAAAGGUUUCCGUGUCCUGUACAGCAGUGCUGUGAUAGAUGGUUACACUGAAUUAUUGCUCAACACACUUGAUACAGUUGGAGAAGGAAGUGACAGCGAGUUACAAGCAGGUAUGGCUGCCAGAACCUUGGCCAACAUUGCUGAUGUCCUCGGUUGUAUGGCAGGACCAAAGGGUGGCCUUAGAAGUGGCCCAGCUGCUAACACUACAUGGGCAAAAGCCUUUCAACUUCUUGAGACGAGAAAUAUCAAAGGAGGUAUAGAAGCAUUGGCAAAGGAACGGAGUAAGUGGCUGAGUAGGCCUGACACCCUGAUACGAGCAGCACGGCACUAUGAAGGGGCAGCACAGAUCCUGAUCAGACAGGCAGUAAUGACUGCUAAACAGUUCUUCAAGUUGCAUGAUGAGACCCCUGUUGGUCAGGGUAGCUGGGUGCUGGCAGAGUGUCCGGCUAGGAUAGAUAUAUCAGGUGGUUGGUCUGAUACUCCACCUAUUACAUAUGAACACGGAGGAGCUGUGGCUACUGUAGGACUCCUUAUUGAUGGCAAGAGACCAAUAGGAGCAAAGACAAGAAGAAUUGUAGAACCAAAGCUGGUGCUAGUGAUUCAUGGUUCAUCAGAUCAGAAACAGGUGGUGUGUCAGGAAACAGCUGAUCUUGCAGACUACUAUAAUCCACAUAGUCCAGGUGCUUUACUGAAAGCUGCAUUUGUAUGUGCUGAAAUUGUGGACCUGAAGUCAAAUCAGUCUCUCAAGGAACAACUAGAAACAAAAUAUGAUGGUGGUUUUGAGUUACACAGCUGGACAAACCUUCCUCAUGGCUCAGGUUUGGGUACCAGUAGUAUUCUAGCUGGAGUUGUAAUGGCAUCAUUACUGAAGGCUGCUGGGAAGUCAUGUGACACCACUGGGCUUCUUCAUGCUGUUUUGUACCUGGAACAGCUUUUGACAACAGGUGGAGGUUGGCAGGACCAGAUAGGGGGCCUCACAGGAGGGGUGAAGUUAGGGGUCUCUGCAGCCAAGCUGCCCCUAUUUGUUGAAGUUGUUGAUCUCGAGAUAAAGCAAGAGAUAAUUCAGGCAUUUAAUGAAAGGAUUGUAUUGAUAUACACAGGCAAGACAAGAUUAGCAAGAAACUUGCUGCAGGAUGUUUUAAGAAACUGGUAUGCAAGAAACCCUCAGAUUGUUGAAACAGAAGAUAAGUUGGUUCAACUGGCAAAUGAUUGUGCAAAACACUUCCAAAAAGGUGCUAUGGCAGAGGUGGGAAAGUGUAUGGACAGCUAUUGGCAGAUGAAGAAGACAAUGGCCCCUGGUUGUGAACCCGAGUUUGUUACCAAGAUCAUGUCUGCUGUACACCCUCAUGCCCUUGGUAUGUGUAUGGCAGGGGCUGGAGGAGGGGGCUUCAUGUAUGUUCUAGCCAGAGACCAUGAGAGUCAGAAAAACAUCCGGAAUCUGAUAGAUAGCAUGGAGAGUAGUGAUGGAACAAAGGUGUACGAUACAUGUAUAGAUGAAGAAGGGUUGAAGAUAACUGUGAUAGAGGAAGACGAGGGUUCCCUCACUGUGUCCGAUCUUGACGAAGAUAUGCAUGAUUACUACAAUCAGCCAGAAACACUGCUGGAAGAUAUCCCAGAAACUACUGACAGUGUGCCAGUCGUGGUAGGGGUACCUCUUCUUGAUGUUGGGGUAUCCAUGGCAACCGGUGAUGCUAGUGUACCGGUAGCAACAGGAGAAAUAGAUGUUGCUCAGUCAGCUGAGACAGACAGUGCUGACAUGCAGAGUGGAGGUGAUAGUGUUACCAUGACAACUAGUACCCUUGUUACUAUGGCAACCGGGGAUUCUGUAACCAAAGAACCCGAAUAUGAUACAUCUGUGACAGUUUCUGAUAUCCCUACAGCUGGCCUUUCUGGUAAUGCACUAGCUGCUAUAGAAAAAGCUAAGCAGAUGCAAAAAGAACUAGAGGAAUUUUUCAACCAAGGAAGAGAUCAGGAAAAUAGUGAUGAAAAAUCAUGAAAAUGAAUAGCUAUAUUUCAUUCUACCCUAUCUCAACCAUAUUCUUGCUUUAUAGAACAUAGAAAUAAAUCCUUACAGAACGGUUUGUGAGUCGAAAGUCAGACGAGCAUUUUCGAUGGCAGCAUUGUUUAUAGAAAUACAAAAUUAUAAUACAUAAAGUACUGUUCUGUUACAUAUUUCAUAAAGAAAAGUAUAUUGUCUACUUCAGUUUGAUUCUUUGUGAGUUUAUGGUAUAAAAAGGAAGUUCUAAUACAGAAUAAUAAGUUCUGUUUUGACCUUUAUAAUACUUCCAGGAUACUUAUUUUUUUAAAAACUACAUAACAUGAAGUUUUAUCCCGAGUUUAUAUUCUAUGCAUUGUGCCAAGCUGUGAUAAAGAAAUCUGUCAAGAUGCCAUGUAACAUUAAUUUUUAUUUAUUUUAAUUUAUCAGAUAAAUAAAUAUAUAUUCAAAAAGUGCAUUUAACUUUAUUGAAAUGAUAACAUUUUUAGCUCAUCUGAUUUUUUGAAAAAAAAUGAUCAGUUAUUGUCAUCACUUGAGCGGUUGUCGGCGUCUGCGUCUGCAUCGGUGUUGCCUGGUUAAGUUUUAUGUUUAGGUCAGCUUUUCUCCUAAACUAUCAAAGCUAUUGCUUUGAAACUUGGAAUACUUGUUCACCAUCAUAAGCUGACCCUGUACAGCAAGAAACAUAACUCCAUCUUGCUUUUUGCAAGAUUUAUGGCCCCUUUUGUACUUAGAAAAUAUCAGAUUUCUUGGUUAAGUUUUAUGUUUAGGUCAACUUUUCUCCUAAACUAUCAAAGCUAUUGCUUUGAAACUUGGAAUACUUGUUCACCAUCAUAAGCAGACCCUGUACAUCAAGAAACAUAACUCCAUCUUGCUUUUUGCAAGAUUUAUUGCCCCUUUUUGACUUAGAAAAUCAGUUUUCUUGGUUAAGUUUUAUGUUUAGGUCAACUUUUAUCCUAAACUAUCAAAGCUAUUGCUUUCAAACUUGCAACACUUGUUCACCAUCAUAAGCUGACCCUGUACAGCAAGCAACAUAACUCCAUCCUGCUUUUUGCAAUAAUUAUUGCCCCUUUUGGACUUAGAAAAUCAUUUUCUUGGUUGAGUAUUAUGUUUAAGUCAACUUUUCUCAUAAACUAUCAAAGCUAUUGCUUUAGAACUUGCAACAGUUUUUCACCAUCAUAAGUGGACACUGUACAUCAAGAAACAUAACUCUUUCCUGCUUUUUGCAAGAAUGAUGGCCCUUUUUAGACUUAGAAAAUCAUGGGUAGGACAAUAUUUCUAUUACACAAAAAAAAUCAGAUGAGCGUCAGCACCCGCAAGGCGGUGCUCUUGUUUAUGUGUGUGUUCAUAAAUGUGAAAUGUUUUUUUUUAUUUCACUCACAUUUGUUACAUUAUGUAUUUAUAAAAGGGAUAAUACAUGUUUUUGUAUCAACGUCUGCUGAUGCACGAUUGUUUCGUGACCGAGGAAUUGUUUUGUAACUAUUGUUAAAACACAAAACAAACAUGUACUUCUUGCAUAAAGACAUCCCACAAACUGAAUUUAUAGGUGAUGACUUUAUGUUAUUGUUAACUGUCAAACAAACAUAACUAUUUUUCUCCCAUUACAUUUGCCCAUAUCAAAAAUUAGUGGGGGUUUUUUUAAUGCAAGAAUUCAAGUUUAUAACCUAGAUACUGCCAUGAGGUGUUCAGUCUGGAAAGAAUUUUGAAUACCCUUUAUUAUCACUGCAUUUUGUUUGAUUAAGUAUGAUAUACUUCAGAAAAUCAAGUGUUGCAUAUCACACAAAGACACAUUUUAACAGAAUGAAAUACAAGUCAGAGACAUUAUGGUACUUGACAGGUUGUCCUACCAAUUAAAGGAGCUAUAUUCAUUGCUUGCAAACCGGUUAAAACCAUUUAUGCACAAACAAGCUUGUAUAGCUGAUGAUCCUUUGCUUGUAGACAAGUAAUACCAUGAAAGGUCAACUCAUUAGGUAGCUAUUGGUGUAAUUUCAUUACUAUUUUUAUUCCCAUUGUGGAAGCAAGUGAGUGAUGAAGUAAUGCAGUCCAUCUGUCACACUUCCUUUUCUCGAUGAUAGCUUUAAAAACAUUGAAUGGAAUAUAAUGAAAUUUGAGCUAAUGAUAGAUAGUAGUGAGGGGGAUUGCAAUGUGAAAGAACCGUAAGACUAUCAUCAUUUUUCCAGUUAUAUCCCUUUUGUACUUUAUUAUGUCUCCCACCACACAGUGGUGUGGGAGACAUAUUGAUUUGCUCCUCUCUCUCUGCCUGUCUGUCACAAAUUUUGUCCGCACUCUAAGUUGAACAUUUCUCAUCUGAUCUUCACCAAACUUGCACAAAAUGCUUUUGCCAAUAUGUCCUCGGCUAAGUUCGAUAACUAGCCAAAUUAGCCCAGGCACUUCUGAAUUAUGUCCCUUGAAACUUGUUUUUUGAUAAUCAAAGCACUGGAAAUCUGAUAAGGCAGUUGAGGUCUUGGUGCAUGGUUGACUCGUAUACUGUUCAGAUGAUUAGGCAGUUGUGGGAGACAUGCGCUUUUCUCAAAAGCAUCUCUGGUUUUCUUUUGUUUUGAUAAUAACUUCAGAACAGCUGAAUGGAAUAUAAUGAAUCCUUAUUUUUAGCUCACCUGAGCCAAAGGCUCAUGAUGAGCUAUGUGACCGCUCAAUGUCCGUCGUCCGUCUAUCAACAUUUGCUAAAAAAAUCUUCUUCUUGAAAACCACUGGGCAGAAUUACACCAAACUUCACAGGAAUGAUCCUUAGGUGGCCCCCUUUCAAAAUUGUUCAAAGAAUUGAAUUCCAUGCAGAACUCUGGUUGCCAUGGCAACCGGAAGGAAAAACUUUAAAAAUCUUCUUGUCCAAAACCACAGGGCCUAGGGCUUUGAUAUCUGUUGUGUAGCAUCAUCUAGUGGUCCUCUACCAAAAUUGUUCAAAUUAUCCCCCUAGGAUCAAAUAUGGCCCCGCCCCGGGGGUCACAUGGUUUAUAUAGAGUUAUAUAGGGAAAACUUUGAAAAUCUUCUUGUACAAAACCACAUGGCCUAGGGCUUUGAUAUUUGGUAUGUAGCAUCAUCUAGUGGUCCUCUACCAAGAUUAUUCAAAUUAUCCCCCUAGGGUCAAAUAUGGCCCCGCUCCGGGGCCCACAUGGUUUAUAUAGAGUUAUAUAGGGAAAACUUUGAAAAUCUUCUUAUACAAAACCACACGGCCUAGGGCUUUGAUAUUUGGUAUGUAGCAUCAUCUAGUGGUCCUCUACCAAGAUUGUUCAAAUUAUACCCCUAGGGUCAAAUAUGGCCCCGCCCCAGGGGUCGCAAGUUUUACAUUGACUUAUAUAGGGAAAAAAGUUUCAAAAUCUUCUUGUCUGAAACCACAACUCUAAGGCCUUUGAUAUUUGGUUUGUAGCAUUGUCUUAUGGUCCUCAACCAAAAUUGUUCAAAUUGUACCCCUGGGAUGAAAAGAGGCCCUGCCCUGGGGGUCCCAAAUUUUAUAUAGACUUAUAUAGGAAAAAGCUGUAAAAAUCCUCUUGUCAGAAACCAUACAACCUAGGCUUUUGAUAUUUGGUAUGAUGCAUUGUCUAGUAGUCCUCUACCAAAAUUGUUCAAAUUAUGCCGCUUGGUUUAAAAGGGGCCCUGCCCAGGGGUCACUUAGUUAUUAUGUGAGUUAUAUAGGAAAAAUACUUAAAAAAAACAUCUGAUCCUAUUUCCAAGACUAUUUAAUUAUAAUUACCUGAUGACCCCCAAGUAAUAUGAUGUCACUUGAUUGUGACCUUGACCUACUGACCUACUUUCUUGUUUUUUAACAUACAGCCUUGAAAUUUUGAUGACUUACACAGUUUUGCACACAAAUCGUAAAACUGAAUUUCAUCGACCAUGAAUGUGACCUUCUUAAUAUUUUAUCAUCAGUUUGACAUUUGAAACAUGUAGCUCAUAUUACUCAGGUGAGCGAUCCAGGGUCAUCAUGACCCUCUUGUUAUAUUUAUACUAUGCAAAGUGUGCUUGAAUAUUAUUUAUACAAAUACAUGUAUUUGGAAUUCUUCUUUUGUUACAAAGACUGUUUGUUACCUACAGUUAAUUCAGUGAUACUCGACUUAAGCCUCCUGCUGGGUGGUAUUAAGAGUCGAGUUAUCCAUUGAUUAUCCAUCAUUUUACUGAUUGGAAAUGGUAGGAUUCUGAAAAUGCAUGAAGCUAUAUUUCACUACGGAAUGUUUUCUUUUAUUUUACUAUAUAUAUUGAUAUGAAUGUUUACUUCUAAUUGUUUGUUUAUAUAUCAAUUCCUUUUUCCUCUCUGUGUAGAAACUUGUCCCAAGAAUUUUGUAGUAUUUGACUGAUGUUAUAAAACAUGUUUUACUGAUAAAACGUUACCAGACUUCUAAAGCUACUCGCCUACAGUUUUUCAGCAUGUUCAUUUCCACCAAUUUUGGCAUAGAAUGUAUAUGUGACACUGAAAAGUGAUAAAGUGGGUGAAAAUAAAAGUUAGAUAUUGAUAAAAAUGCUAGAUGAAUGUAAAUGUUCUACAUACCUUCUGCACAAUAUUUUUGCUUAUUUAUAAGAAUGUCUUGCUAAAAUCUGUCUAUGAGUUUGUACCACAAGUCACUUUCAAAGUACUCACUUUUAUGGAUUUUUUUAGAUAAAUUAUUUUCCGCCUAAAAGUGUGGGUUAGUCCUUUUAAGAAGAUCAAAUUUCUGAAAGCAUCAUGGUGUACUUGCUGUCACUGGCCAUUUUUAUGCAUAAUACUUGUCUAGAAAUUCUUGGUUUUGUUAUCUGCAUAACAUAAAUUAUAGUAUCCUGUAAUUUAUAUAUUUAGUAUCAUGGUUUAGAAUGUUGGGGUUGCUCGGGUAAAAAAGUAUAUAUAUAUAAUGGCAUUACCAAAUUACCAAAUUGAUAAUUUGUAGGUAAAUUUCUAUCUAAUGUCACUGUUCUUGUGUGGGGGUUGCGUUCAGGUAUUAAGUAUUACAUCACUGAUUUAUACAACAAAGCAUUUAAAAUAUUUGCAAAAUUGGCAACCAGUUUUUUGCUUUUUCAUUUUAUCAGACUAGUUUUUCCUGCAAUAUUGAAAGAAGACUUUUGUAUGAAUAUUUUUUUCUUUUCCUAUCCUGAAUGUGUGUGAUCAGGUUGUGCAAUACCAUUUUCACUGUAUCUAAUGAACAGAUAGUUUAUGAAAUGCUGUGAUUAAAAAGAAUUUUAAAAAAGUUGUGUAAUUGUGAUUUUUUGUACAGUUUUAUCAUUAGAGCAGUGUAGACUUCAGUAUCAUUGCACAUUGAUUAGCCUGCUAGUGGCAAGUGAUUUUGCCUUUGCGACUAGUGCAGACCAAGAUCAGGCUGCACAAAAUAGGCUAAUCAUGCUCUGCACUGUUUGCUCUUCAGUCAGAAAAUUUUUAGUGAACACCCCUUUGAAUGAUAAGUGGUACUGCCCAAAUUGAAUGAUGGACCAGUGCAUUUUAGAAUUUUAACAGGGUAAAGGUUAAUUAGACAUAUAAUGAAAGCUAUGAGGAGACGUUGUUGAUGAAAAGAGGGUGUAACCAAGGAAACAAGACUGCCAACAUGUCACAAUGUACACCCAUCACGGCAAAUUAGGUUUGACUAAAAAUAUUCUCCUUAUUACUGUAAAUCACUUUAUAUUAGCGUGAUCUUUAUUUUGCAAAUUCCCACACCCUGAAUUAUUUCACGGAUUUAUGAAUUGCAACGGGAGGGUCAGAAAUUUAAAUACACGAAGGUUCUUAUCUUAUAUUAGCAAAAUUCCAAUUCCUGAAGUCGUUCAUUCUUCCGUACUGUACCGAAUUUAUGCAAGCCAAAGACUCGUUAAAUACAUGGUCCGUAAUGGUUAUUUUGUAUUAGUAAUCGGUUACUUAUUCACACAAAUUGCUUUUGUUUGACAGAAAUUGAUUGAAAAGAGCCUUUUAAUCCGUUAUUCAAUUUACAGGUGAUUAUUCUUAUUACACUUAAUAGCCAAUAAAAUGUUCAAAGUUU